AUGUCUUCCUCAUCAAGUGAUGAAGUUGAUGAAGCUUUAGAAGAAAUGGUCGACCAAGUAGUUGAUAAUUUCAUCGACUCAGUGAUAGAUCCUCACCCCAACAAGCAGAAAAGACGGGCUUAUAUCGAAAGACAUCGUGAACAAGGACUCAAUCAGCUAUGGAAUGAUUAUUUCCAAGAAAAUCCUACAUACCCACCUCAAAUGUUUAGGAGGCGUUUUCGAAUGAACAAGCCAUUGUUCCUCCACAUUGUCGAACGUGCAAGAGAUACAUAUGACGAGUAUCUCCGACUUGCUAACAGUACUUCACGUUUAUGUUUGGAAAAUUUCACUAAUGCAAUUAUAAAAUUGUUUGGAGAUGAGUAUCUACGCAGCCCUACAGCUGAGGAUCUUCAACGAUUGCUCGAUGUUGGAGAGGAGAAAGAAGCCAAUAAAAAAGCUUUGAGGAAGUAUUUAGAGUUAGUGGAGUUCUUCACCAAAGUUCUGGUUGCUUUGUAUGAGCAGAAUGACAAGCCUUCCUCUGCUUUAGAAUUCAUCCAGCAAAAGCUAGGAAGUCCUUCAGUUUCUGAUUACAAGAAGCUUCAAUCUGAGAAGUCUGACCUUCAAAUAAAGGACAAUGAGGUUUUUGCUAAACAUCAAGGAACAUUGAGAGAGGUAUCCCGUCCUAACUUGAAUAUAAAAGUUUAUCAGUAAACCAUAUAUAAUUGAUUAGCACAUGAUUACAUGCUUAUGUAGUUUCUUAUCCAUUCUUUUUAGUUGUCUUCAGAAUUUCUAUAUGAUUGGUUGGAAUGGUAAUGGAGUAUAUAGAGUACUAAAGAUAGACCAGCUUGAUGCGUCUGAGCUUAACCUCAGUGAGGAUUUCACUGCCUAUACCAAAAAAGAAUGCAACGAGCUGCUUAAACGGAUACACAAAGAAAACAAGGCCACAGGCGGCCUCAAAUUUGUCACUCUCUGUUAUGGCAUCAUUGGUUUGUGUUCUUUUGUUUCAAGUUAUGGUCGCUGAAACAUACAUUGUUUUACUUUUACAGCGUGUUCUCACAAUUUGUUUUUUUUCUUCCCAUUUUUGUGGUCUCAGGAUUCAUUAAGUUUUUGGGACCAUACUACAUGCUGGUUAUCACUUAGAGAAGAGAGAUAGGCCAAAUUUGUGGUCACAGGGUGUAUGAAGUCUCCAAGAGUGAGAUCAUUUCUUUGCGAAAUUCUAGCGUGAUUUGCAACAUUUCAAAUUCAAGAGACGAGAACAGGUGUUUUUAUAUAUCUUUUACUAUUUUUUUCCCUUUUUUUGUCUGUCCCAAGCUUAUUGUCGAAGAAAGUUUCUGUUUUUCUUUUCUGUUUGGUGAAAAGAGAGUGAGUUACAUGUGUUCAUUUAUUAUACCCUUCCACCUUUUUAUGAACUCAAGUCAUUUAACCCUUGCGUUUCUUUAUCUGGUGUUGAUAAACAGGUACAAGAGGUUCCUGUGUAGCUCCUGUGUAUGGUGGACCUUACAAAAGACUUCUUUUUCAGCUAUUCUUUCAAUAUAAUGUGUAGUUUCCAGAAGAAUAUAUGUGUGUGAUGUGACCAUGAAAGUGGUGGUGCUCUCUAUAAGAAAAUAUUUGCUUGGAACGAGUUCUUGACUCGGGGAAUUCGAAAUCAUCUCCGGAAUACCGUGUGAACUGUAGAGCAUUGAUGUAUGGUUUCUUUAACCAGGUAAGAAUCGUAUGUUUUUCUACCCCCCACUGCCAAAGAAAAGAAAGUCUUCCCUGAAUCAAAUGCAUAUCCCUUUUCUUUUCUCACAGCAGUAGUUUUGUUAUUUGUAUACCAUUUUCUUCUGGGCUACAAUAUUGCUUCCCUAUAUCAUGUUUUGUCCACUGAAACCUGCAACCCGACCAUUUUCACAAAACAGUGCAGCUGUUUUACAGAUUUUGAGUGUUUUUAACUUGAGGUUUGAUGUUGUUUUGAUGGUAGGAUGAUACAUCCUGGAAAAGGACUUCCUUCAGAGAUACUAAGUGAUAUGUUUGAGACACGAAAUUGAUGGGUCACACCUGAUGGCUUAGGACUUAAGCUUUCACGGAAACUGCUGGAGCAGAUGAAUGGUAGUGUGAGUUUUGUUAGAGAAGACGAACGUUGUUUCUUUCAAGUGGAUCUUCAAGUUAAGACAAGGUUAGGUGUUGAGACCAGAGGAACAGAGGCUGAUUCAAGCAUACAAUAGAGAUUAUGGGUCCCAAAGGCAUAUAGAUAAUAAAAUUUGAUGAAUUGUGCUCCUUUUAUGGUCUGAAUGUGUUGUCAUUCAAAGUUUCCAUUAUUUAUUUAUCAAUAAAAUGUAUCUUAGUCAUUUA